CCUUCUACGUAUUAUACCCGGAAUUUUUGACUGUGUAUCAACAAGGUGCUGAUCACGUUUCCUGCUGGGUCCUCCAUCGGGCUUGACUACUUUUUUAAUAACUUGAGACGAUAGUUGACGGUGAACGCAACCUCUCGCCGUUCUCACAAUUUAUUAGAGCACUGGUUCCGCCCGCUUUCUAUCGCUCAACGAGGCCUCAGUUUUUCGAGGAUACGGUCAAUACCGUCGCUACAUUAUUCUUGAUUGCUCCUAGCCAGCGUUCCGAACACCCAGCAACAACGUCUUGGCCACCCUAAUGCCGAUCAGGAGGAAGAUGUAUAGCUGUAUUUUUGGGAUGACAGAAGGUGUAACACACGCGGAUGGAUCGAGUCCGAGCAACGUUUUGCGAUGGCACGGUGACCUUGAGGGACGACCUCAGGACGAGCCUCGCGUGGCAGGAAAGGUGACUCAUAGAAAUGGCGCAAUCCAGUUUCCCCUUCGACCCAAUUUUGGCCGAGCACGCGCCUGUCGUUACAGUUGGAAUAAAAAUCGAAACGUCGAAUGCGAGGCUUUCAUGUGAACACAGUUUCGGAACAUCCGCGUGACAAGGGUGAAUCAGGACUAUGACACAUCCAUCGGUGACUACAAAUCGACUGGUCGUGACGGAAACUUAUGCAUCUAGACAUCACUGCGGAUCAGCUUUUUACGGAUGAAAAAACUUUGGCGAACCUUAUUCCGGCACGUGCCAGCAACUACGACGCCAGUGCAGAUUCGUCCGACGAGAAUCUUUCACGAAUAUAAAAGACUUGAGGAUAAGGUUCAUGACACUCGCCGCGACUGGAAGGCCAAGAGGAACUGCGUAGUUGUUUGCGCCAUCCUUAUCCUCCGUGGCCUUGAGGCAAGUCCUCCCAGUCCGUCCGAGGAACUAAUCUACUGCUACUUCGACCACGUAACCAGCUCUUGAGACGUUUUACAAUGUGCGAGCACACCUAUGAGAUUCCGUACUCGAGCGCGAUCGAGCGACCAACCAACCAACCACGCGUGUCCAUCAUUUAGUGUCAGUGAACGCGUAAUAUCCAUACAUACGAUGAUUCUGCGACGCCAUUAUCCGUAGGAUAAGUUCUCUCUUCUCUCCGUGCGUUCGCAUAAAUCACGAGCAAACAAGUUCGCGAUCAUCGGCUCGUUUAAAACAUUUGAACUCCGGUUUUGAAAAUAAAAAAUUGAGGAAGAAAAAAACACAUGUCCAUCUCGUUUUUGGAAGUCUGAUACGUGUUGGCGUUAAUCAUCAUUUGUCAGUUAGCACGGUGCAAUUGGCGAGUCAAGAUUAAAGAUGAAGGAAAAUGUUUUGCAUAACGACGACUUUGCCAGAUCGUUGAUCAAAUUGUGCUGUAUUCGGAUAUUGUAGGAGCAAAGAGGCAGCGCUAAAUGUCGCUCAGGACGCAGUCUCGUCGCUGCUCCGGCUUCGAGAAUAAUAGAACGCUGUGCUCAAGGGACUUUGACCUCGUGACCAACUUGAAGGGCGACGUACCUUGAAGAAGGGGAAAGGCUCUACGUCGUACCUACGGGUACCUAAUUGGAGGCAACGAACCUGGCUGCGACUCGUUCAGGCGUACAGAACAGCUGAACAAGAAGAGCCGCGAAGAGACCAAAAUGGAAGUGUACAAUAUCGGUAGAAGGUUGUUGUUCGACGAUAAAACUGGUAAUUUUCUUGGAAUGAGUGGAAACGAAAUUGGUCGAUAGUUCAAAACAGUUCUUCCAGAAAUUCGACUUCCGAAAGAUGAAUGAGUUUUAAAGGUCAAAGUAGCGCGGGCGGCAGCCUCCCUGCGGAACCCGGGGGCGGCUUCGACCCUGCCUCCCUUAGCGCAAGGGUGCGGAGCGGCAGUGCGGGUGCGCGACGCAGUGGCGCCGUAGUACCGGCGUAUUCCGCCGUCCGUCUCGGCGCCACAGUUCCGCCGCAUGUCUGGGGCCGGCUAGCCGCUAUUCGCAACUGGCUUGCAAUCGACGCGAGCAAAAUGGUGCUCGCCGACACGGGACUGCCGGACAACGAUCGAAGCGCUUUGGCGAACCGAAACACGGAGGGUAUAACCGUGACAAACUUGACGGACGGUGAGACCGUGAGUUACAGUUUGGCCCUGGUUCGAGGUCGAGCGCCUAUGGGAUGCGGCCGGAUCACGGUGCGAAAUGCGAGGAGCGGUGUUUUGGAGUGGCCUGUGAUCGGUGGUGAGUUCCGGGCGAUAGCGGAGCUCACCAGGGGAGAAAACACCCUGGAGCUCGAGGCCGGGGGAUUCAAGCGUCGGUUGGGACUACGACACGAGCCACGUACGACGCGGAUGAGAGUUACGCCAGUUUACGUUAUAUGCGCCGGUCACAGCGGCCGGUUCCAGGGGCCCCGAGGCGAGGACUGCUCGGUCGAAAGCGCUGCAACGAGGAUCGGUCUCGGGGCCCGUUUGCUGCAGACCCUUACCGCCGAGAAGCUUCGGGAGGCCGGACACGGCCGGAAGACCUUCCAGCUCGAGCGAGACCUCGACGGCGCCGAGUGCCUCGUGAUGCACAGCAUGCUCCACGUGGACAGGGCGCGCGCAAUGACGCAGCGUCACCUCUGGGAGCUUGUUGCGAGGGAGCUGAUGACCGGCCCUCUGGCAUCCAAGGAUCGUAAGUACCUCGCCUUUCUUUCCUGCACCCGCUACCGCGGUGCCCCGAGUCCCAGGACACACGAGGACACGCUGGCCCGCACCGAAGGUCACGCGGCCCUUGGAGGCGGCGGUCUCGCACUCUUCGGAUCGGCCUGCCUCCACACCUGGCCCACGUGUCUGGGUCAGCUGCUCCCGCGGUUUCUCGAUGAGACGAUUGUCGAUACCGAGCAGUUCAUGGACGACAGCAACUACCGCGGCACCCACGCUGGCUGCCUCGCCACCACCCUGGGGUCGGUGCUCCACGAGCUCGGGCACACUUUUGACCUCGGGCACACACGUGAGGGCAUCAUGGGGCGUGGGUUCGACUACGUCGACAGAGUAUUCGUCGGGCGCGCUGGUAUCGACUUAAACCGCAACCCCAUCAGACGCGACCCCCAGCAUACGACCGUUGCCCUCAGCCGACCCCUCAGCGUCACCGUCACCGUUCAAGGUGCAUUCGGCGGCGGCAGCCCUCGCAGGGGUCGACUUUUAUCCGAGACGUCGAGGCCAUCGCCUUCCCUCAGUCCCCGACCAAAUGCUACACCAGGAAGGCUAUCGGCCCCCGCCAGUCCCGAGCUGAACAGAUCCCUGUCACGGAGUCUCACAGCGUCCGAACCAUCCCCGCAACCCGACAGAACAUUUUGGGGACCCUCGUGCGCCACUCUCCUAGCCUAUCAUCGCUGGUUCAAUGAGGAAGUUGACAAUUUACCGAACAAGGGAAUGGAGAUCAGAUACGACGCUAAGAGAAAUGUGGUGCGGUCGAGAUGCGGCGUCCGAAUGAUGGAGCUCAGGGAAUCCGCGGGCGAGAUGGUCGUCGGCUCUCGACAGUUUCCGGGCCCCCGCCCCCCAAUUGAAGCCCUGGUUCCGCCACCCCCACCGCAUUGCCUCGUCCCGCUGACUCUCGUCGCUGAAGACUCAGCCGGUAACAUCCUGAAGUACCCAAUGCCCACGGCCUUUUAGAUUAUAAUCCACAGCCCGCGCCUUCCACUACACGUUGCUAGUCUUGAAAAUAAUUUGGAAUAAUAUAUAAUUUUAAGAAUAAUAGGCGAUAACAGCUUUGCGGUCACUUCAUCUUUCCACACUCGCGUAAUAUCUACAUACCUAAUAUUACUACGGAAAUUUAUCGCCUCACGGCUAGAUACUUAACACAGCUGAAAUGUACUUCUUCAUACAUGUAUUAAUCACUAAACCGAAGUAGAAAGGUAUGUUGUGUAGUCAGUAUUAAUCGAAGUAAGGAACAAAGGUCAUAUAUGAAAUCGAUCAUGCGAUAACUACGCGGUUUUUCAUCUUCAAGUGUAUUAAAGAUUUGAUUAGGCGAAUCGGAAGACGGAAUCGUCUGUGAAAAGUAGUCUUACCGUACAGUCACUACUUUAAAUGUAGCUUUUUCUUUUUUAUCUAACAUUAUAUCGGGAAAUUGAAAAAAUCUAACUCAUCCGUUUGUCAAUAUAUCUAUACUCAUACGUAUUUAUUCACUCUUUGGAUACACGACCAGAAAUUUUAGUACAGGAAAAAGUUCACGAUACCGAUAAAAACAUUAUAUAAUACUCACGUAAUAUUGUAUAGGUAUUAUAAUAUAUCCACAUGGUUGAAUUAAAUUUACAUAGUUAGCUAUCUAUUACCAAUAUUCUCUCGUAUAUAUAUAUCAAAAUAUAUAUAAUAUUUUAAUACGCAUACGUAUAAACGCAUCCUGCAGCGUCUUAUAAUCUCGAAUCGUGAUUAUACCUAUAGUGAGUAUAUACAGAUAUAUGUAAAAUGAUAUUAUAUUAUACUGAUAUACCAAAUCAACAUGACUAAGUAACGGGAUUCUAAGAUGAAAAUAUUUUUAACUAAAUGCCAUGCUAAUGUAGUGUGCCUCCUGGUACUUAAGUCCUAGUGUUAAUCAAACAUUCCCAAUUUUCCGAAAUUUCGCGGUUAUAUUAUUAAGAAUUAUAACAAUCUCGGCGUUGAUGGAAAAACGAAUUUUUAUUUCAAAAAAAUAAAAAUACCCUAAAGAUGUAAUAGAACAUAAUACUACACCGAAUUAAAUCUCAUAAACUCAUUCAAAACAGGCUCGCAGAGGUAUACUAUAAACAGUAACUGGAUAAACAGUAUUUUGAAUGAAACAUAUAGUCAUUUUAACUAACGAAAUAUUACUAAUCUCUCGACUCCCGUGAGCGUAAUACAAUAACGGCUUUCGAUUAGCGACGUAUUAUUAUUAGCAAUAAUCUAACUACACCUACGUACACUAAUGCAGCCAAUUAUUAUUUAUACCUUACGUAUAUUGUAGUCUUAUAGUAUAAGCACUCUGUAGUUGUAAGCUAUAGAAAAGAAAUCGACGAGCAUGAUGAUGAUACUAAUAACGAAUUAAUAUAUUGUACUUGUAUAUGAGCCUCGUGCGUGUACAAAAUUAUUUUGUUAUAUGGUAAAGUAGUCCUAUGAUAAUGAUAACAAUGAUAAUUUACAAUUAUUACCAUGUAACUUUGAUGACAAUAUUGUAGCACAUAUUAUGGCAUACACACAGUACAUAGGUAUAUGAUAUUAUAUUAUACGUACCUAUAAACAUAAUAAAAGAAAUUAUAAGAUCGUUAA